AUGAUUUUCUUCCACUCUCUGGAGUUGGUGCUGGUGGAACAGUCACCCAUCCUAACACCUGGUCCCCACGGGGCUGGUUUAGAACAUCUGACUCCUGCUGAACAGGCCAAGGCCAGGCUACAGCUGGUUCUGGAGGCAGCUGCUAAAGCAGACGAAGCCCUGAAGGCCAAGGAGAGAAGUGAAGAGGAAGCCAAGAGGAGAAAGGAAGAAGACCAGGCCACCCUCGUGGACCAAGUGAAGCGACUGAAGGAAAUCGAAGCGAUCGAGAGCGACGCCUUCGUCCCCCAGACCUUCCGGUCGAGCAAGGAAGUCAAAAAGGUGACAGAACCUCCUGAGCUCCAACAUGAACCUGUGACUGUCGGAGCGGGCGCCGCUGAGGCUGCAGCUCCUGAGAAAGAGCCUCCCCCUGCCAGCAUUCCCACUGCCAUCAAAUACCAGGAUGACAAUUCCUUAGCACAUCCAAAUCUGUUCAUUGAGAAGGCAGAAGCUGAGGAGAAGUGGUUCCAGAGGCUGGUGGCCCUGCGGCAGGAACGGCUCAUGGGCAGCCCCGUGGCCUGAGCAGCUCCCGGGAACAUCAGGAGCCAGUUCUCCACCAAUGCCAAGAAACCCCAGCAUUCAGUUGUUCUGUUCUCCUCUCCUGAGGGAUUUUCACACUCAGGCUGAGCUGUGCAGGCAGUAAGUGUUUCCUCUGAGCAAACAGGGCUGUUCUGUCCGGGCUCUCUCCUGAACUCCUCGGGGGUGUUGCUGUGGGGGGUGUGACAGCACAGCAGGGCCAUUCCCUGUUUUAUAUGGAAUUCCUCAACGGUGCAAAACAACUGACAGCCCCAGGAGAUGGAAUUUUAUACCUCCCAGGCAAACAAUUCUAUCUAACCAGGGAGCAGUGGGGAGAUAAAUGACAAGAUGGGACUGAGGGCUCAGAUUUCCCGGGACAUCGGAGGCCAAGCGGAGCCAUCCCAGACCAAUCCAUCUCCUGCAGCUGGAGGAGGAGCCAGGGCAGGACGGAGGAUCCAGGCAGGAGGAUCCAGGACAGGUGGGGGUCAUUGUUAUCCCUUCUUCCUUCCUCCUCUUGGAUCCUGGAUCAGGCUCCUGGCUGAGGGAAUCUUCUCCAUGGAUGUUCAUCCCCCUGCUCGUGGUUCCUCACUCUGGGUGGGAAGGAACAUCCCACAUUUCCUUGACCAUCUGCUGUAACUCUAAAUGGGAGAUGACACAAAUGUCAUAAUUUAGACAGUGACCAGUUUCUAUCAGUCUCAAACACACCUGUUUCUGUACAGAGUGACUGGUCCCAGGCCAGGAACUUUCCUUUGUCCAGGUGGGACUUUCAAAUAAUGAAAGAUCUGAAUUUAACCUGAAUAAACUUCCAAAAAAUCUGCCCAUCGUCCAGCUAAAAACAGGACAUCAACCAAAUCAAAUAAAAAUGGGGAAGUAUUUCUUCAAUCAAAGCUGUGAGAGAACUGUCCCAUCAGGAGGAGUAAACUGAGGUGUGUGUCCCCCAGUGAUGGACCUCAGCAUUCCCGUGGGAGUGAGGCUCUUUUUUGGGAUUAUUUUUCCUGAUUCUCAGCCCUGUGGUGAUGAAAAAUGGAGGAUGGUUCUGGAAAUGUACUUUGGUUGUCUUGGUUUUUGUUUUAGAUUCCUGAUGUAAAAGGAAAAUGUGUUAAAUUUGCAUUCUAACACAGUUUUACUUUCUUUUUGAAGUGUUGGAUUUACUUUAUCCUGCAUUAAAAUGUUCCAAGACAUUUGCAGGAAAAUCUGGGAGGAAAAUUGUUCCCUUGUUUCAUUUCAGCAUUUUCAAAUGGUAAAUAUUUGUCUUGUUCUGUUUCCUAAUCACCUUUUAUGUCUCUUUCUUAGUAAAUAAAAACUGUUUGAUCUCCAUG